AUGGCGGAGGUCAGCACCGCCGGCCGUGGGGCGCCGCCGGGAGCCUCCGCCGAGUCCUGUUCGCGCUACGACGACGACGGCGGCGACGGCGAUGGGGACGAGUCGGAGACAGCCCGAUCGGAGGAUUGCAGCGGAGGGGAGGGGAGGAAGAGGAAGAGGCGGAGGAAGGAGGUGAAGGGGAAGAAGGUUGCGUGAUCAUUGGGAUCAGAGCUUGAUCGGGGUUUUUCUUCCUUGUCUCCUUCCUUACUGGAGUCCAAUGUUGAUGGAGACGUCGGCGCUGACCUUGUUGUUCGUUCGUGUUUGCGAUCUCGUCAGGUUUCCGCGACCUCGUGCCAUCAGUGCCGGCAAAGCCAUAG